AUGGGACCUACUCAGGAGAAUUUGGCGCUUGUGCGCCGCAUGGCACCCUUCUGGGAGCCGCAUAUGGCAGUUCCUGUCAUUCAGUGGCUGCGCUCGCAACAACUGCUAGAGGAGAAGAGCUGCGAUGAUCUGCUGGAGUCUAUUCUUCCCAAGACACCCGAGGGCAUUGCCCAGCGGUUGCGGGAGCUGGUGGAGGAGCAAGGCGGAAAGUCUGAAGAGCCGGAGGCACAGAUUCAGCAGUGGGAGCAGCAGGCUGCAGCUCUAGAGGAAGCGCUCCAGGCUUUCAAGGGCGAGCAACAAAGGAGGAUUGGAAACCAGCUCGAAAGGAAACGACUGAGGGAUAUUCUGCAGUGGCACUACCAGAAUCGCGAAGAGGGCAGUAUGGCUCCGAACUUGGCGGAGAUUCCUCGGGUAGAGAUGGUGCCGGUGCGUCUGGCCCGCGUGGCUUUUUCUUUGGGAGACUACAAGAAGGCGCUGCAUCAUUUGGAUUUCUACCUGAAUACGCUUUCAGAGCUCACGAGCGACAGUGGAGACAUGCAAACCCCCGUGUCAUGCGUGUGGGGUAUUUGCUGCUGCAUUUUGUUGCUGACAGUGUCGGACCCUGCAGGCGACAUCUCGAAGGGGCAGCCAACGACGGCGGAAAGCGAGGAAGCGCUUUUGCAGCAGCUGCAGGAGGGGGAGGACGGCAAGGAGAAGGCCCUUGGAGCCAUCGAGGCUCAUGGAGCAGCUCGGUGUAUUCUGCGUCUGGCGGAUAUUCUGGAUCACUCACAGGCUGCAGCCUCGAAGGCAGCCGCAGGCAUUGGACCUGCGACGCCUAUGAGCAAGAUCUUCUCGCGCGAGCAACAACUUCAGCAGAGGGCGUGGCUGCUUCACUGGGCUAUGUGGCUCCUUUUGCGGUACUAUCUGCUCCUCACAUACGCCAAGGGACAGUCUUGCAGAAAUCAAGCCUGGUCGGCAUUGCUGGAUUGGGUUGUGCAGGAACGCAAUCUAACGUGCGUGCACCUGCUGUGUCCUCACUUGCUGCGCUACUACGCUGUCUACGCGACUAUGAAUCGCAAGAGAAAGGAUCACUUCCAAGCCAUCGUCGGGGCCAUUGGACAUACGAAAAACAAGUACACCGACGCAUUUACAUCUCUUCUGGAGGCGCUCUUCUUGGAGUUCAACUUUGACGAGGCUCAGAAGCACAUCACCAGCAUUUCGGAGGUUCGUGCCAAUAUUCGUGUCCCUUGCUGCGCACAGCUGUGCGAGACGGACUUCUUCCUGGAACCACUGAGGGGGGCAGUCAACGAGCACGCAAGGCUUCUCAUCUUCGAGACAUACUGCCGCAUCCACAAGCGGAUCAACGUAGAGAUGAUCGCCAAGAAAGUCAACAUGGUCCCCGAAGCCGCGGAGCGGUGGAUUGUCAACCUCAUCUUGCAUGCUCGACUGGAGGCACGCAUUGACAGCGAGAAAAAUCGUGUGCAGAUGGCGGGAAGCCCCCCUAGUCUGUACCAACUAGUGACGGACAAGACUCGGAACCUUUGCAUGCGCACGAGUCUUCUCAUUCAAAACUUGGGACGACCUGGAUACAGUCGAGACGACGAGCCGAACGCUUCUCGCAGUGCGUCGCGCUCCCCGGGCGGUAGGGGGCGUGGUCGUGGACGAGGGUGGAUUCGUGGAGUCGGGGAAGGAGGUCGUGAGGGCUUUUACAGAGGGCCUGCUGGACAGAACGUCGUCACUGGAGGUUUCAACUUCAGGGGAGGUCGAGGAAGCUCCAAGGGAGGACCCCAACGUGGCCUUGAGACGCAGAAGAUUUCCCCGCUUACAGCUUCAGCUUUCAUGGUCGGUCUCGCUGUAGCCACUCAACGCAUGCGCCCUCUUUAA